UAUUCCUUUGCAGCAAUGGCUUGGCUUGCAGUUAGAUUAGCAAUAUCUGUGUCUUUAUUAUUUACUGCGUCUGCGGUAUUUGAAGAUCAAGUUGGAAAGUUUGAUUGGAGGCAACAGUUUAUUGGCAAAGUGCGCUUUGCCUUGUUCGAUACUCAUUCUCAAGCGUCCAAAAAACUCUUGGUGGCAACUGACAAGAACGUGUUUGCUUCCCUCAAUUCUAGGACAGGCGACCUGUUCUGGCGUCAUUUGGAUAAGACUGGACCAGAUGGCCAGGUUGAUUCACUUCUUAUGUAUGGACAAGAUGCUGUUGUAGUUGUUGGGAACGGGCGUCUGCUUCGCUCCUGGGAGACUACAGUUGGUGGCUUGAAGUGGGAGACAGUGCUUGAUACUGGAAGCUUUCAGGCUGCUGCCUUAGUUGGAGUUCAGGAUUUUGUCAAGUAUGUUGCCGUGCUCAAAAAAACAGCAAUCUCUCUUCAUGACCUCUCCACCGGUGGCCAGAUAUGGGUGGAAAACCUGCCUGACAGUGACACUGUUCAGUAUCAAUCAAUUUAUUCCGAAGGAAAUGGACUGGUGUUUGUUUUGGGACUUGUCCCAAACUCUCAUGUUGUUAUUGUUGAAUACAAAAUUGAAGACGGGGAAAUCAUGAAUAAGAAAUCAAUUCAAGCUGCAUGGAUGUCAAGCCUGGAGAGCAGUUGUGCAGUUAUCAGCUCAGGGAUCCUCUUGUGUGUGGAUCAGAUCACACAGUCUCUGUAUACACUACCACUGCAGUCUGUGGAACAGAAGGAAAUGAAACAGAUCCACCUUCAGACUCUGGAUUUGGAGGUGGCUUCAGGAUUUCAGCCGGUUCUGACAUCCACUCAGCCAAACCCUGCUCAGCCUCCUCUCGCUGAGUUUUUCCUUCAGCUCAGUCCAGAUCAUCACAUCCUGCUGCAGCUUGAAGAUGGCCUCAUUGCCCUGCUCAAAGACUUCAAUCCAUCAAAUCUGGUUGCUUUUGCCACAACUGGGGAGAAGACCGUUGCUGCAGUGAUGUCACCAAAGAAUGAAACUGCCUGCAGUAUCAACCUGUUUAGUGCUGACACAGGCAGGAGACACCUAGACACCAAUAUCAUCUACCACUUGGACCCUAAUGGAGGAAAGCCCAACACGUUAUACGUCCAUGCUUUUUUGAAGAAAGAUGACUCUGUGGCCUACAGAGUUAUGGUGCAGACUGAAGAUCACAUGCUUACAUUUUUACAGCAACCUGGAAGGGUAGUCUGGAUGAGAGAGGAGGCCCUGGCUGAUGUGGUCACCAUGGAGAUGGUGGAUCUGCCACUCACUGGAACACAGGCUGAGCUGGAGGGAGAGUUUGGAAAGAAAGCUGAUGGGCUGUUUUCCAUGGUCAUUAAACGCCUGUCCUCCCAGAUCAUCCUACUACAGACCUGGUUGGCCCAUCUCUGGAAACUCUUUUACGAUGCACGGAAACCUCGCAGUAGUGUGAAAAAUGAUGAGAUCACCAUAGAGAAUCUGUCUCGGGAUGAGUUCAACCUGCAGAAGAUGAUGGUGAUGGUCACUGCCUCGGGCAAACUUUUUGGCAUCGACAGCAAAUCGGGAACUAUUUUGUGGAGCCACUAUUUGGAAAACAUCCAGCCCAACUCAGCUUUCAAAUUAAUGGUACAGAGGACAACCGCUCACUUUCCUCACCCUCCACAGUGCACACUUCUUAUCAAAGAUAAGGACACAGGUCUUGCAAGCCUCCAUGUCUUUAACCCCAUUUUUGGAAAGAAGAGUCACAGCAGUGUUCCAGCCUUACCCAGACCAAUCCUUCAGACUCUGCUGCUACCUAUCAUAGACCAGGACUAUGCUAAAGUUCUACUAAUUAUUGAUGAUCAGUAUAAGGUCACUGCUUUUCCAUCAACUAAAAACAUCCUUCAGCAGCUUCAGGACACCGCAUCCUCAAUAUUCUUCUAUCUAGUGGACUCCAGUCAGGGCAAGCUGUCGGGUUUUCGUCUGCGCAAGGAUUUGUCUACAGAGUUAAUCUGGGAGGCUGUUAUCCCCACUGAGGUGCAGAAGAUCGUGGCUGUCAAAGGAAAGCGUGCGAAUGAGCAUGUUCAUUCCCAGGGCAGAGUAAUGGGUGAUCGAAGUGUGCUCUACAAGUACUUGAACCCUAAUCUCCUGGCUGUGGUGACGGAGAGCACAGACACCCAUCCGGAGCGUAGCUUUGUUGGAAUAUUCCUGAUUGACGGUGUGACCGGUCGUAUUGUGCAUGAGGCGGUGCAGAGGAAAGCCAAAGGACCUGUUCACUUUGUUCACUCAGAAAACUGGGUGGUGUAUGUGUACUGGAACUCCAAGUUUCGUAGGAAUGAGUUUUCUGUACUGGAGCUCUUUGAGGGAGCCGAGCUGUAUAACAGCACAGUGUUUAGCUCGCUGGACAGACCACGUCCACCUCAGGUGCUACAGCAGUCGUACAUCUUUCCUGCUGGUAUAAGCACCUUGGAGGCCACACUUACUGAGAAAGGCAUCACCAGCCGCCAUCUCCUGGUGGGGAUGCCAUCAGGCAGCAUUUUAUCCUUACCAAAGCUGUUCCUGGACCCACGAAGACCAGAGAUGGUCUCGGAACAGACUCGGGAGGAAAAUCUCAUACCAUAUGCUCCGGAAAUGCCCAUUCGUACAGAAUGGUUUAUAAACUACAACCAAACCGUCUCCAGAAUCAGAGGUAUUCAUACUGCCCCCUCUGGCUUGGAGUCUACUUGUUUGGUGGUUGCAUAUGGCCUUGACAUCUACCAGACCAGAGUGUUUCCCUCCAAGCAGUUCGAUGUCCUUAAGGAUGAUUAUGACUAUGUACUGAUCAGCAGUGUACUCUUUGGUCUCUUCUUUGCUACCAUGAUUAGCAAACGUCUAGCGGAAGUGAAACUGCUCAACAGGGCAUGGCGAUAAGACUCAUCCUAAUGGCCUAUUGACUUCGCUCUCGUCCUCACUGCAAUGUGGUUGACACAUUGAUGGCAGGAGACAAGCUGGUGACCAUGUCAAGACUGCAAGAUCAUUUGACAAGUUUGGUGUAUUUUUUGCAACCAGCUGUCUUGGAGAUCUUGUGGUCAUUUGAGUGUAAGUGCAUAGAAGGCCAUGAUAGUUUUCCCCUAUUCUGAGAGACGUAAUGAUGUAGGUCAUUCCCAUCCCCAACAGUUCACUGUCUAAUUUGUUAAUUUAUUGUGCCUUUCGAGGUAACAUGAUUUAAGUAGACUCGCAAGAUAUAACAUAGAAACAAAACAUCUCGGAAGCCCCUCUGUAUACUUAUUUUACUUUUACAUUUCAUGGUGCGAUGAGUCUGCUUAUUGGGAGGCUCGACGGAUGGAUUAGGUGUUUUUUCAGAAUGAAUAUUGACAAGAUAAUUGCAAAUGGAUGCCAUCCAGUGAAGUGAUUGGAUUUUGAAUAGAUAUAAAUAAAUACUUAAAUUAUUAAACUCUUAGGAAAUGUAUUAACUAAUGUACAGGGUUGUGUGGGAAGGGUUUUACUGGGCAAAUACAAGUUCAUACUAGAACUGUGAAAUUUCAGAAGAUGCUUGGAUUGUUUUCUCUUGUACGUUAAUGAAGGUUCUUAAUCAUUUGGAUAGUCUUCUAGUUAUUUUGUGGUAUGUCACACGCACUGGAUGGUUUGAAGCCGAUUUUCUUACUUGAUCCUAAUAUGCCAUAUCAUGCUUUUAUUUUGUCUUGUUCUUGUUACAGAUCUUUUACGAUUUACUAAUGUCAAAUGUUUCCACUCCUUUUGUUUGAUUUUGUAAAUGACAUGCCUGUUUAUAUGCUUUAACAAUUUCUCAAGAACCCCCUCUGCUGGAAAUUAAAUGAUGUCAGAAAAAUUGUUUAAUGAUAUUUGUAACACCAGGAUGAACAAUUGAAUUGGUGUCAAAUCUGCUGUUUCUGCAUUAAUUUAUUUGUUUUUUUUUCCCCUUUAACCAAUAAUAAAUAUGGCCCAUUCUUAA